ACACACACACACACACACACACACACAUAGCAGUGGUCUGAGCUGAAUCAGAGACUUCAGUCGUAACAGUGAACGCUGGAGAAGCUGCAUGUUGUAACUGACUGUGUGAUUUUACAGCUGACGACAUCACACAGACUCAACUGAAAUCUAAAAAGCUUGUUGUUAAAGGUUCGAACUUCAAACAGUUUCCUGACCGUCUGUCUCUUACAGGAAGUUGGUGACUGAGUCCUGGUGGCGGUGGGCUGGCCUUAGAGCCUGCCGAGCCACCGUCUGAUUGGAGGGUGGUGAUGAUCGCCACUGGCGGCCUCCUGCGGAUCAAUGCGCGGCGACAGGACUCACUGCGCUCCAAAACACACAAACCACACACACACAAGAAGAAGAGCAAAAAGAAGAGCAGGAACGAGGUGGUGGUGGUGAAGGGGAAGCUGCAGCUGUGCUCGCUCUCAGGGCUCGUGGCAGCGCUCGGCAUCAUGGUCCUGCUGAUGGGCGUGGUCAUGGCCGCUCUGGGCUACUGGCCGAGGGACGGGCUGUUUUUCAGCCACCGGCCACAGGAGGGCGCCGCGCUCGCCUCCGUGUCUGACGCUCAGGAAGGAGAGGAAAGGGAGCAACUACAAGGAGGUGCUGGAGGAGCAGAAGGAGCUGAUGGAGGAGCAGGAGGAGGAGAAGGAGGUGAUGGAGGAGCAGGACGAGAAGGAGAUGGAGGAGCAGGACGAGAAGGAGGUGAUGGAGGAGCAGGAGGAAGAGGAGGAGGUGAUGAAGGUUUUAACCAAACAGAAAGCAUCAACGGGACAACUCCUCGAGGUUUUCUGGAGGAUUUCCUCGACAGGUAUCUGUACUCUGAUAGGCUGAAGGUGUUUGGGCCUCUCAUCAUGGGGAUCGGGAUCUUCUUGUUCAUCUGUGCAAACGCCGUCCUGCACGAGAACCGCGACCGGAAGACAAAGGUGAUCAAUCUGCGGGACAUUUACUCCACUGUCAUCGACCUGCAUAGCCUGAAGAGAACCGCCCCCUCCUCCUCAGCCAAUCCCCUCAACGGCCUCGUCAACUACAUCCAAUCAAAGAGCCUGGAGGCCAAGUCCCAGGCGUACCCGGCCUCCCUGCUCAGCAGGAGGGAGGCGGGUGAGCUGUCGUCCAGGCAACCGUUGCCCAGCAGCAGCAGAGGAGGCGGGGACACAGUGUUCAGUAUCGAACAUGGGCUGCAAGACACUCCUCCCUCCCCCUGCUCCUCCCACAGACUCCCCCUCCCUCCCAGCUUCAAACCCACCCCCACCUCCCUCAGCUCCUCCACACUCCCCCUGCGCCGCCCACGGCCUCCCUCCCCGCGGCGGAGGCACUCGGCUCGGGCCAGGAGUGGCCAGGGCUGGGGGGGGUCAGCGGGAGGAGGUGACAGACGGGAGGAGGUAUCCCCCCCCCCGGUGGUUCAACCCCCACCCCCCCAACCUGGCUCCUUCCCGUCCUCCUCCUCCCUCAGCCCAUCCCACUUGUCUGUCUCCUCCCUCUCUCACCUGCUGGCCUGCUCGCCCACUCUGGCCCCGCCCUGCAGGAGGCGGAGCCUCCCAGUGGUUUACAGCGAGCUGUCUCACAGUGAGGAGGAGUCCUGCGAGUGGACGGAGACCGCAGCCUCACAUCAUGUGACAUCACAGGUGGAGGUGACAUCACACAGGCAGUUCUCCAACAGGGAGAAGCUGAGGAUGAUUUCACUGAGGCGGGACGACCAAUCAGAGACUGACUGACUGGUCAUGUGACACAUGAGGAGAACUGUGGAUUUGUGCUUUUCAUAGAUGGACUGACUGGUCAUGUGACACAUGAAGAAGGUCUGUGUGCAGCAAUAAGGAGUCUUCCACCUGAACAGAUGUUUUUAUACCUUUACCUGUGCGCGGUGCGUUCAUGAUCAUGCAGAAGAACCUGAAACUUCCAAACAGGAGCACAACAAAACGUAUCUCCACAGAAACUGAAAAAUGUUAAAUGUUUAAAGUUUGAAUACUUCUGUGCUUCAGUAUCUUUAACCUUUGAAAGCUCCAUGAAUCUGAAUCAGUAUCGAUAGAUUGGACUCGUCUUCCAGUGAAGCAGAGCAGAGCCGGUUGUUUCUGCCUUUAAACUCGUCACUUUCCUAAAGUUCAUCAUUUCAAUCAGAAUGUAACUGAGAGUAAAUGCAGAAGUAUUAGAGGUUUGUAACUCUGAGAGACUCAGUGAAAGGGAUUUAAAGUUGUAGCGAACCAACGUCUUCCACUGAAACCAGCUUCACCUUAACAGCACAACGUCCAAUCAGCUGCUCUGACCGCAGCGUUCAGUCUGAACUGAAACUGUUUCAUUGAUAACAGAAGAAGAAGAAGCACAUUCUGGUCUGAUCUUGGUUUUAUUACCAAACACUUCACUGUGUUUCUGUCUGACAGCAGCAAAAUGUUUCCAUGUGUAACUGAAUUGAAUGAAAACAUUAAAGAAUGAAUAUUAUGAUGUUG